AUGGGAAUGCAAGCUUUACCUUUAAUUCGAACCACGACAUUCUUUUGCGGAUCGUUAAAAAACAGCGGUAAAUCUUUAGUAAGAAGAGCUAUUAAAUCAUCGAGCACUCGAAGAAACACGACGACGACGACGACGACUGCGACGAUGGAAAAACACGAUUUUGAUUACGAUAUUUUCGUCAUCGGAGGCGGCUCUGGCGGCGUCCGCGCCUCAAGAAUGUCAUCCACCGCGGGUGCUAAGGUAGGUUUAGUCGAAUUACCGUUUAAUCCGGUAUCUUCGGACACGCAAGGUGGGUUAGGAGGCACGUGCGUCAUUCGUGGCUGCGUUCCGAAAAAGCUCUUCGUGUUCGGCUCUGGGUUCAAAGCCGAGUUCGAAGACGCCGCAGGUUUCGGGUGGGACGUAGACCCGAACCCGAAAUUGAACUGGUCGAAACUCUUAGAGGCGAAAACAAAAGAAAUCACGAGAUUGAACGGAAUUUACGGUCGAUUAUUAGACGGUUCUGGCGUGACUGCGUACGAAGGCGGCGGCAAACUUUUGGAUAAACACACGGUAGAAAUCACGAAAGCGGACAACACGAAAGAGAAAGUUACCGCGCAAAAUAUCUUAAUCGCGACUGGUGGACGCGCAGUGAGACCAGAUAUACCGGGUAAAGAACUUGGCAUUGACUCUGACGACGCGCUAUCCUUAGAAAAGUUGCCGAAAAAAGUAGCGAUUGUUGGUUCUGGAUACAUCGCCGUAGAGUUUGCGGGCAUUUAUCAAGGAUUAGGUUGCGAAGUUGAUUUGAUUUUCCGUCAACCGUUACCGUUGAAAGGUUUCGAUACAGAAAUCCGCGAAAACGUGAUGAACACCUUAAAGUCGCGCGGCAUUAACGUGCACGAAUCGACGACGCCGGAGUCCUUAAAAGAAGAUGGCAAAGGCGGCAUCGACUUUGCGCUCUCCGGCGGGAAGACCAUCAACACGGAGGUCGUCAUGUUUGCCACCGGUCGCGCGCCGAACACGACGAGGCCAGACAUAGGAUUAAAAAACGCUGGCGUCGAACUCGAUUCUGCCGACGCCAUCAAGGUAGACAAGUACUCGAGAACUAACAUUCCAAACAUUUACGCCGUCGGGGACGUGACCAACCGCAUCAACUUGACGCCGGUAGCUUUAAUGGAAGGCAUGGCAUUCGUUGAAACGGUUGUGAGAGGAAACGACAAAGAACCAGAUUACGAAAAUGUUCCGUGCGCGGUAUUUUCCCAACCACCCGUAGCAUGCGUUGGUUUGACUGAAGAACAAGCCAUCGCGGAAGGGCGCACUUGCGACAUCUACACGUCUUCGUUCACCCCGAUGAAGUUGACUUUAGCUGGAAGAACGGAGAAAGCGUUCAUGAAACUCGUCGUCGAUACCAAGGAUGAUAAAGUUAUCGGUUGUCACAUGGUUGGUCCGGAUUCAGCUGAAAUCAUGCAAGGUAUGGGCGUUGCUUUGAAGUGUGGAGCGACCAAGGCGCAGUUUGAUUCGUGCGUCGGUAUUCACCCGUCCAGCGCGGAGGAGUUUGUAACGAUGCGAACGAAAACUCGAACUGUCGGUCCGAACGCUGGCGCCGCUUAA